AUGGAGCUACUUCCAGAAGGAAAGAAAAACAGCGUUCAAGUGCUGUACGAGGACCAACAAAAGAUAAAUGAGUUUUCCAAACUGAUAAUGCGAAAGGACUCAGUGACUCAAGAGCUGGAGCUUUUGAAGCAGGAAAAGAGCUAUCUGGACGAUGUUUCACUGGAGAUUGAGCUGAUCGACGAGGACGAACAAAUCCAGUAUAAGAUCGGAGAGACAUUCGUCUUUAUGAAGCAAGGCGAGGUGGUCGCACAGCUGGAGAAAGAUGGGGAGCUGCUAGAUGCCAAAAUUGACCAGCUGGAGGAGUCAGAGUCCGGAAUAGAUUCUCGUAUCGGCGAGCUCAAGGCGGGCCUAUACGCAAAGUUCGGCGACAACAUCAACCUUGAACGUUAA